GGGAGCGGGCCCGGUGUGGCGGCGGGAUGAAGCUGACCACCCAGGCCUACUGCAAGAUGCUGCUGCACGGCGCCAAGUACCCGCACUGCGCCGUGAACGGGCUGCUGGUGGCCGAGCGGCCGCCGGGGGCCCCGCGCCGCGACCAGCCCGGUUCCCCCUCGCUCUUCGUCGAUUGUAUCCCGCUGUUCCACGGCACCCUGGCCCUGGCGCCCAUGCUGGAGGUGGCGCUCACCCUGAUUGACUCUUGGUGCAAAGAGAACAGCUACGUGAUCGCUGGAUAUUACCAGGCGAACGAACGCGUGAAAGACGCCAGUCCCAACCAGGUUGCAGAAAAAGUGGCCUCCAGGAUCGCAGAGGGCUUUAACGAUACAGCACUCAUCAUGGUUGACAACGCCAAGUUUUCGAUGGAGUGCCUAGAACCUGCCAUCCACGUGUACGAGCUUCAUGAGAACAAGUGGAGGUGCAAGGACCCACACAUUGAUUUUUGCGAAGAUUGGACUGAAGCCCAGAGAAUCGCCGCAUCUCUCUUGGACAGCAAGUCCUACGAGACGCUCGUGGAUUUUGAUAAUCACCUGGAUGAUAUCCGCAACGACUGGACGAACCCAGAAAUCAACAAGGCUGUUCUCCACCUGUGUUAGAGGGGUUUCUACUGACUGAUUGAUGGGCAUUCCCGCUACGUACUGAAGAGAGAAAAAAGUGCUAUUUUUGAAUGUAAAUAGAAUAAUAUUCAGUACCUUGUGUGGAAACCCAGCUGAUUAAAAAGGAGUGGCGCAUCACACUGCUAAGAGCGAUGUGUCCGUUAAACCGGUGAAUCUUUUUUGUGAGAUUCCCUGGAAGAACUGUUGCUUCCAGCUGUCCUCGUGGGCGCCUUCCCAGUUGUAGCGAAUGUUGCUGUUCCUUUGAAACCAGAACUACUUCUGCUCGUCCCUGCUGUUCCUAUUACAAAGUUUUGACUAAGCUUUUCUAAUCUUUAGAGAUUACUUUUUAAUGAUUUAUGGAAAUACCUUUAAAAAAAAUCAUUCUUGUCCUCGGAUGAGAAAUUUUAAGGUUAAAUACAUAAAAUACAAGGUUAACGGUUUCUUUUGGCCUGGUUUGGAAAUGUCAUUCUGUCGGCGCAGUAAAAUGUGAACUGCUGUAUGUACAGUG